CGUGCCCAGCUGCAUUGGGGAGAGGGCUGUUCUCAAGGCCAAGGUCAUUUGUGGAGGGAGAACUGGACACCUGAUCAAAUCUGGCCCACAAUGGACUCAGCAGCCAAGGAUGAGAUGCAGCCGGCGUUGUCCCCUGGACCUGAGUGGCCAGAGCAGGAGCGGGCAGAGCAGCUGGCCCGGGGUGCAGCGCUCAAGUGGGCCUCAGGCAUCUUCUACCGGCCGGAGCAGCUGGCCAGGCUAGGCCAGUACCGCAGCCGCGAGGUGCAGCGUACCUGCUCCCUGGAAUCGCGCCUCAAGUCAGUGGUGCAGUCAUACCUGGAAGGCGUGCAGACUGGUGUGUGGCAGCUGGCCCGGGCCAUUGAGGUGGUGCAGGGAACCCGGGAGGCCCUGAGCCAGGCCCGUGGGUUGCUCCAGGGCAUGUCCCAGGCCUUACAGACUCUAGAGCCCCUACGGGAGCGGGUUGCCCAGCACAAGCAACUGCAGGCCCUGUCUCACUUGCUGCCUCGGCUGCGGGCAGUGCCGGCUGCAGUGUCCCACACACAGACUCUGAUUGAUGGCCAACAGUUCUUGGAGGCAUAUGUGAGCCUUCGGGAGCUGGAGCAGCUGCGAGAGGAUACGUGGGCACCCCUGGGGGGCCUGGAGUUGCCAGUCUUCCAGGGGCUGGACCUUCUGUUCGAGGCACUGGGCCAGGCUGUGGAAGCAGCUGCAGGGGCCGCGGGGAAGCUGGCACGGGAGGACCCAGCCCUGCUGGUGGCUGCUGUGCGUGUGGCGGAGGUGGAGACUGGACGAACAACCCCCCUGGGCCAGGUCCCCCGGGACUGGCGUCAGCGCUGUCUGAGGGCACUACAGGAGGGCCUGGAGCGGGCCCACUUUGGGUCACCUCUGCUGCCUGCACCAGGGGCCCUACCAGGGUGGCUGGAGGCUCUGCGAGUGGCCCUGCCAGUCGAGUUGGCCACAGCUGAGGCACUAGUAGCGCCUUGCUGCCCGCCACAGUACAACGUGGUCCAGCUAUGGGCCCACACGCUGCAUAGUGGUUUGCGCCGCAGCCUGCAGAACCUCCUUGCUGGGCCUGAGCUAGAAGCUGCGGAUGCCUUCACCUUGCUGCACUGGGCACUGCAUGUGUACCUGGGGCAGGAAAUGAUGGGGAGCCUGGAGUUGGGGCCUGAGGCUGAUGUGUCCCAGCUGGAGCCCCUUCUGACCUUGGAGAACAUUGAGCAGCUGGAGGCAACAUUUGUGGCCAACAUCCAGGCAAGUGUGUCUCAGUGGCUGCAGAAUGCACUGGAUGGGGAGGUAGCUGAGUGGGGCCGGGAGCAGGGGCCCAACACAGACCCGUCUGGCUCCUAUUACUCACCAAUGCCAGCCAUUGUGCUGCAGAUCCUGGAAGAGAACAUUCGUGUGGCCAGCCUGGUCAGUGAGUCACUGCAACAGCGAGUGCAUGGCAUGGCACUGUCAGAACUGGGCACAUUCUUGAGGAGCUUCAGUGAUGCUCUGAUCCGAUUCUCCCGAGACCACUUCAGGGGGAAAUCAAUGGCCCCUCAUUACGUGCCCUACCUACUGGCCGCCCUCAACCACAAGUCAGCACUCAGCUCCUCAGUGUCUGUCCUGCAGCUGGACGGGGCGCCUUCAGGGGCCUUGGCUCCAGUGGAAGCUGCGCUGGACGAGUUGCAGAGGAGGAUCUACCGCUUGGUGUUGGAGGCGCUGCAGGCGGAGCUCCAGGUGAGGCCUCCUUCAGGUCAGGAUGGGAGCAGGUGGAGAGGUGGCGGUACAGCUACGUAUGGGGGUCUCCGCGGCAAUGCCAGAUCUGGAUCAUUUCCCCAGCCCCUGUUCGCGGAUCUGCCCUCGCGCCAAUGGCUGUCGAGCCCCGAGCUCCUGGAAAGUGUGUGUGAACGGACGGGGCGCUUCUGCCGGGACUUCUGGCGCGUGCGGAACCCCACGGUUCAGCUGCUGCUGGCUGAGGCCGAGCGUGCCGUGGUGCUCCAGUACCUGAGCGCGCUGAUGCAAGGCCGCCUGGUGUGCCGCGGAGCCGACGAGAGGACACAGGCGGCCGAACGCCUGCGGCACGAUGCUGCCCAGCUUCAGCAGCUUUUCCUCAGUUUGGUGAGAGCUUCUUGGGCGGGCAGACGGGCGAGAGUCUCAGUGGCUGGGUGGGAGAGAGGGCUGGCGCGAGACCCUACCCCGACGUGCUCAGGGCCUGGAGGAGAACGCGCACUGCGCGCCGGUGCUGCUCGCCCUGAGGGAGCUGCUAAACCUCCGCGACCCCGCGCUGCUGGGCCUGGAGGUGGCUGGCCUGCGGCAACAAUUUCCCGACGUGAGCGAGGACCACGUCUCCGCCCUCUUGGGCCUGCGCGGGGACUUGUCCCGGGAGCAGCACCUGGCCGCGCUCAGCUCCCUGCAGGCUGCGCUGCCGCCGUCGCCCCGCGCGAGCCGCCGCGUCCUCUUCAGCCUCGUGCCCGCGCCCGCGCUCGCGCCGGCCUCCUGCCUGCCCUCGGGGUCCUGCGCCCGAGCCCUGCUGCUCGCAGAAUAAACCACGGCUGCCGGACGCCUGAGUCUGUGUGUGUUGGGGAAGGUGGGAUGGAAUAAAAAUGCCCACGAGGGUUGAGGGAA